AUGACCGAGUCGGCCACCGAUUGGGCGGUUCAACCGGCUACAGGUGCCGAGUUAAGUAAAAGGGUCGCCCAUGUCGCCCACGCCGCGCUCCGCCAACGCCCAAGGGCCAUUGGGCUUGCUCCUCAACUAGCCAAUGGCAUUCAAACAGGUCUCCAUCUCCGCGUCUUUGAAGCUGUUCGCGGCUCUGGUCGCUAUGAGAUCACCAGUGAGCUACUGUGUGACGAUAUCCUCAAACGAUUGCAUACCAGCCUUCCUGCUCCAAACACAUGCGACAUCAUCGACAUCAACCCCGGACAGGGUCUUUGGUCCCAAAGUCUGCACCGUCUCGUCCAACCUCGACGACAUGUCCUUGUCGAGUCUGAUCUGGAGAAGUAUGGGGAGCAUCUCCAGCCUUUGUUGAGGAGUGGCUCAACCUAUCGGCACGCGACCGUUCUUGAAGACGCGUUUGACCCUGAGAAAGAACUAUUGUCCCAAUAUGAUGUGGAAAAAGCUGGAUCGCUGGGAAAGCCUCCCGAACAUAACAGAUCGUUGUUGAUGACUGUCAACCUCUCCGGUGCAAAGGUCAGCAUUGGCGGGUAUAUGGGAUCUCUAAGCAGAAAAUUCUUCGACGAGCUCUACUUGUCGCUUCUGUCAAGUCCUCGUGCCGGGUACUUUCGUUACGGUCUGAUCAGGGUUUUGGCAUGGAUCCCCGAUCACGAAAAGGAUUCUUAUAUCCCGCGGACUGUUCACGCACGCCACAAGCAGACCGUCAUGCUUGAAGCAACCACAGACAUCACCGAGGUGGCCGGGGCGUCGGCAGAGACCAGAUCGACCAGGUAUAGGAAGUGGCCUGAUCUUGAAUUAGAAGAGCUUGCCGUCAUCGACGCGAGGGCCAGAGAUGUUCCAGGACAAAGGACACCCAAGUCGAGGCUCGACAUGCCCCCACCACGGGAAUUGCUCAGUAUUGAGCCUACUCCUCGAAACUUGCGAAAAGCAGACUUUACCUCCGACGCAGAGUGGGUACCAAGAUUACUCGAGCUAGACAGUCAGAUAAAGCAGAAGUUUCCUCACUGGUAUCGGCGUUAUGCUUCAGGUCAAUCCAUCCGCAAGCUUGGCCUGAAAACACCCCUUCAGAAGGAAUGGGGAGAGCUUCUACGGCGGGCAAACACCACACACAAGACCCAUAUGAAAGCAGUCGAGUUGGUUAACCAAGAAAGACAACUGAUAUCAGAAUGGAAAUCUGAGAUACGUAACGCUAAGGAUCACCACCUCGAUUCCGAGACCGAACACUCGUUUCAGAAGCGCGCUGAAGCCAUCAAGGAGAACCUCAAAGGGUUGAAUCGGACGAACAGAAUCUUUGCAGAAAAGGCCAUCGACGACUGCAGAGCUUGGGAUAUGUCACCACCUGUCCUGGCCUGGAACAGGCGGGAAGCCCACCCUUUGGUCGUAUACGAUGGCGAAUUUGAUGCUCCAUCUCGGUACAUGGCCCUACUGGAUGUGAUCCCCCGAGCAGAUUUGAUCUCCCGAAUCGACACUUACGACAAGAUGGUUUGCUUCCGCUACAUUGUAACGAGUCUCUCUCUAUACUUCUCCAGGAGCGUCGCUGAAGCGUUGAGGGCUCUGGUCCACGAAGGGUUGAAUGACUUUGUCAAGACCAUCCCCGGGAUUCAUGAUCCCACGAAGGGAGGUUGGUAUGACUUGACCGCCUUGCGAGUGAGAGUCUUGCCCACGGAAAUUUUUGUGGAGAUCGGGUUGGCUUAUGAGAAGUGGCCGUUUCGCAUGAGUACGGAGGCUAUCCUCAUGGCGACCGCAGAUCCCCUGGCGGGAUAUAGUGGUCAGGAGGAUGACAUGAAAUGA